AUGGCUUUAGCAGUUCAUAAUGCUCCGUGUUUGGAGAAUCCGUAUGCUUGGGAUAUCAUCGAUGGCAAUGUUACACCAUUUUCUAAGCCAUAUGAUGAGCUUGGGAGUUUAUCCACCUUUUUAUUGGUUAAUUAUUCCAUAACGUCGGUUGUCGGCGGAAUUCUAUCGCUUUUGAUGCUGUACUUGGUCCUGUUCAAAACUUCUGGUGCUCUGAAAGGAUACCAAAACAUGCUCUUGAUUUGCUGCAUUACCGACUUGAUUUACUGGGCGGUGGAUAAUUUUAUGUGGAUGGUAAAUUUAUACAUUUUUUCGCAUACGAAGUGUUUUUAGAAGCUGAAGGAGAAAGACGGGGUAUUUAUUGUGAAAAUGGAAGGGCUUGCAGGCAAUCUGAGUCGGCCUUACCGAGUGUUAAUGUCGCAUUUUAUGUGUGGACAAUUUGCUUUUUGAAUGCAAUGUUGCCGGUUCAAUGUUACUUCCGAUAUUACUCUUUGACAAAGUUUGUUAUUCCUUUUAUAUUUUUUAUUAAAAUACAUUGCUUUGCUUCCAGAAACAAUUUUUUAACGGCGUCACAAACCCUUGGCCUUUGUUGCAUUGCGCUGGUUGUCACAAUACCAACACUUUUCUUUACUUACGCUAGCUUCAACUCCUCGCCAAACGUGCGGCCUGGCUUCAAUUACGGACAACUAUGGUAUCAAGAAUUUCCAAUGCCUCAACUAUUGUUUGGAGAUGUGGUACGUAACCAGUGCUCCACAAAGUACAAAAAUUAAAUUCAAUAGAAUCUUUGAAUCUCAAUUUCAAGUUAACGCCUGGAAAAUCAUUUUGUCGUUAUAAGCCUCUUGGAAGCCCAUUUUUUCAGCGCUCAAUUUAUCAAAAAGGAUUUUUCUUUUGGGGCGGAGGAAUCAUUGCCGUUUCAUACAUCCUAACAAUUUCAAUUGGCCGUAGAACGCUGCAACGGACAAGAAGAAUGGAUUUCUCUUAUUCUGAGAAGACAAAGCGACUUCAAAAUCAACUCACAAAUUUUAUGUUUGUUCAGGUAUGCAGUACAAUUCAGAGGGCCUUAAAAAUAACCUGGUUGCUUUUAGGCAACAAUUCCCUUGUUCAUAUCGGUAGUUCCAAUUCUGCUGAUCGUAAUCCCGGCCUUCUUUUACGUGGACACCGGUAUGAUGUGUUUCUACUGUGUAAUUGCAAUCAGCUGGAUCCCUUUGCUCAACCCUAUCAUCACUAUUACGGUGAUAGUUCCGUUCCGACGAAUCGUUUGCGGAGCUUUCCGGAAACAAGUCGCGGUCAAUACAUCAUCCAAUCGAUCGACUACGGCCUAG